UUUCCUCCCCUCUCCUCCGCUUAUAAGGCUCGCGCACCCGACUUGAGCACGACUCGUCGCGGCGGCGGUUGGGACGGGAGCUGACACAGGCUUGCAGAUGGGUCAGGGGCUGUGGAGAGUGGCCAGGAACCAGCAGCUGCAACACCAAGGAUAUACAGGACAAAGCUAUCUUUCCAGAGAGCAUGGUAGAAGGAUAGCUGCUAAUAAUGUUUCAAAUACUAAUCAUCGGAAACAUGCCCAAGGAGGAAUUGACAUUUACCAUCUGUUGAAAACUCGGAAAUCAAAAGAACAAGAAGGUUUCAUCAACCUUGAAAUGUUGCCUCCUGAACUUAGCUUUACCAUUUUGUCAUACCUGAAUGCAACAGACCUCUGCCUGGCUUCAUGCGUCUGGCAGGAUCUUGCUAAUGAUGAGCUUCUGUGGCAAGGGUUGUGCAAAUCCACUUGGGGUCACUGUUCCAUAUACAAUAAGAAUCCACCUCUUGGAUUUUCUUUUAGAAAACUGUAUAUGCAAUUGGAUGAAGGUAGUCUCACCUUUAAUGCCAAUCCUGAAGAGGGAGUCAACUACUUCAUGUCCAAGGGAAUACUGGAUGAUUCACCAAAGGAAAUAGCAAAAUUUAUCUUCUGUACAAGAACACUAAAUUGGAAGAAAUUGAGAAUCUAUCUUGAUGAAAGACGAGAUGUGUUAGAUGACCUUGUGACACUACAUAACUUCAGAAAUCAGUUCUUGCCAAAUGCACUGAGAGAGUUUUUCAAACACAUUCAUGCCCCUGAGGAACGUGGUGAAUAUCUUGAGACUCUUAUUACAAAAUUCUCACACAGAUUUUGUGCUUGUAACCCUGACUUGAUGAGAGAGCUUGGCCUUAGCCCAGGUUUAUUUCAAGACAUCAGUUGCAACUAUCAGGUUGGAAUAAAUGCAGAUUUGGCUGUUUUUGCACCGCAAAAAGUGCUUAUCAAUAUGGAAUAACUUCUUCAACCAGGCUUCCAUGGGGUGCAUUUAUAGUUAUUACUGCCUAGAAAUACAGAUGCUUCCUAACAAUAACAAAUAGUGGAACGAUUCAGUGCUGAACAUCACCUAUCAGAAGAAGAAUCCAGAGGAGUUGCUUCCCUUCCCAUUGUCACUGUUCCCUCCGUUCCAAACACCAGCCCUUGAGGGCUGCAAAACUGAUAUUCAAACAGUUCUGUGGGCUGCAGUAGAGAAACAAGGGGAAGGAAUUUGGUGUCAUGUGGUUUUGUAGCAUCAACUCAGCAUUUUAUUAGAGCCUUCCUUUGGAUCAUGGGUAUGUACUGGAAUUAGCCUUAUUCAUUUCAGUGGAGCUAGCUUGGUGAAAUGUCUUGAUGAGUUACGUCACCAAGACACAUUGAUUUGCACUGGUUUUACCCCCUUAUCUACCAGUUCUUGCUGCUCAGGCCCCCAGAUCCUGUGCCAGACAGUCAGAUGUGUCCCCAGCUCUCAGGAAUAAUUUCAUAGAGACAGAACUGAGAAGGCCCUAUUGCAGGCAAAGUGGCAUUGUUACUCACUUUUCUCUGGAUCCAACUCAAUGGUAAGAUUCUGUUCUCCUUGGGUUUUCUCAGUUAUGCACUGCAGGUGCAGAUCUGUUUCUUCAUUCACGUGACUUACCUCUGUCAUUAUUAUGAUUUCCAUCAACUCGGCAGUGAUUGCUGCUUGACCUGUAGUAUGCAGUAGUACUUUAAGCAGUGAUUUGAGCUUGCACAGCUGAGGCACAGUGCUUUGGUUGGUAAGUGGAAGAAUACCUAUUACUCUUGACAGCAACUCCACUCCUCUUAAUCAUAAUUGUAGGUGCUGUCCGUUUAUCUACAGAUCUGCACAGAAGGAUGAGGAAGACAUGGAAUUGCACAUUAUGGAGAUUGAGGGGCCUAACGAGGUUAAUAAAAUGCUCAGGAGGGUGGGCUUCCUCUUUCCAUAACAUAGAUGGAAAAUGGAAUUUCAUUUUAUUAUUGUACUGCCUUUCAUUCCUGUCUCACAAACUAUGCAUAUUGGUAUUUCCUCUUCCCAUAACAAUGAAAUGCACAGCUCUUCUCUUGUGCAUUUUGUAAGUGAGCAAAGUGCUGGGACCAUCAUACCAUCUGGGUUCUGUCGAAACUGGAAUGUAAUGUGAUUGCUGCAU